GCAACUUUCUGCUUCAACUGCUUGCCUCCAAUUUUCUAACACAUCUACAACAUGGCUUCUCACGACGUCGAGAAAUGGCUUAACGAACACCACCGUGUCGAUGAUGACAAUCGCAACCACGGCGGCCAGGAAAUCCACGUCUUUGCUGUCGAAAAAGGCCCAGUCUUCGGUGGACAUGCCGGCGAAGGGAAAUGCUACGACAUCUCCUUCAGUCUGGGCCCCGUCACAUUCACAAUCGAAAUUUGCAUCGACAUAAAAACUGGCCGCAUCACCAUCUGCCUCUAUGUGAAGAUCCCCCUCCUCCCCAAACACAAACUUGGAUGUGCCACGGGAAGUAUUAAAGAUGGUGUCACUAUCACGUUCGAUUGGAAGAUCGUCUCUGGGACGUUCAAGUUCUACGUCAAGGAUGGAUGGUUGUGGGUGCAUUAUGAUGUCAAGAUCUUGGGGAAACAUUACACUGGCGAUCUCAAGUUGAUCCCGCUUCCGUUUUUGUCGCAUGGAGGGGGUGGCAGCUCCUAGGCGCCUAUAGCUAAAGCCCACUGAGGCCAAUUGAAUGGAUCCCUCCUAAAUUCAUCUGGACGGGCGCGUGCUUUUCUUUCUUCUUCCCCUUGAAUAUCCCUAGCAAAACAGAAAAAAAAAAUAUUGUGUUUGUAAAAUGUACCGUCGAAUCACAAUGAAACUCAGCCGCCCUCCUGUUAACAAUAUGUCCACAAGUGUUGAACUUUGAGUCGAAAUCUUCAACGUCUAGCCACGUUUCGACCAUGAGCC